GGAGGCGCGUAAUGUCACGCUGAUGGUGCACCGCCCGAUGGAUCUGCAGAUACUGCACCCGCUGCGGAAGCCACCGAUGAACCGCACGAACCCGUGUCAGAAGAACGGUGGCUGCACUAACCUGUGUCUACUCAACAUGGAGGGCGGGCGCACGUGCGCGUGCCCCAAGAGCUUCGUGCUGAGCGAAGAAGACAAUAGCACAUGCAUCGCCAACUGCACCUCCUCACAGUUUGAGUGUGCGUCCACCUAUCUGUGCAUCCCGCGCUGGUGGCGCUGCGAUGGCCAGGACGACUGCGGCGAUGGAUCGGACGAGCCGGCCGACUGUCCCGUCUUCAGCUGCACUCCCGGAGAGUUCCAGUGCAACAACAGCGCGUGCGUGCGGCCGCGGCAGAUCUGCGACGGCGCGGACGACUGCGGAGACGGCUCGGACGAGGUCAAGUGCGCCGAACACACGUGCUUGUCGACGCAGUUUAAGUGCGAAGGACAGAACAUUUGCAUCCCGCUGGCGUGGAAGUGUGACGGACAUCCUCACUGCGCGAACGGCACCGACGAACUGGACUGCGAGAUGACGUGCUCGCCCAAGCAGUUCCGCUGCGACAGCGGGCAGUGCAUACCGAACGUGUGGGUGUGCGACAACGACAACGACUGCAUGGAGGACGGGGCGGACGAACGAGCGAACUGCACGGACCGGCAGUGCCCCGACGAUUACCAGAAGUGUCCCGAUACCGGACGCUGCAUCCCGCUGUCGUGGGUUUGCGACGGCGACGAGGAUUGUGCAGAUAACCUGUCGACUGGUAAGCGGAAAUCAAAAUUUUAA